AUGGCGAUGAGUACGGUGCAAAUGCCCCUCCUUCAGAUAACCCCUGCUAACAACUUUGUUGAACAGAUAUUGAUAUGUCACAAGGGUCCUCGAGGCCUCGACAAGAUUCUAAUUUCCCCUGAUGGAGACAUCACUGUAACAAACGACGGAGCUACCAUCCUCUCCCAGAUGGAAAUUUCGAAUCACGUUGCCAAGUUAUUAGUAGAGCUUUCCAAGUCACAAGACGAUGAAAUAGGAGAUGGCACAACCGGUGUUGUUGUACUUGCUGGUGCCUUGCUGGAACAAGCGGCCGAUCUGAUCGACAAGGGCAUUCACCCUAUUCGGAUUGCAGAUGGCUUUGAUCAAGCUUGUGAAAUUGCAGUUUCACAUCUUGAUAAAAUCAGCGACGAGGUUAAGUUCUCUCGCGAGAGUCAAGAAAACCUUUUAAAGGUAGCAAGGACUUCGCUAGGCAGCAAAAUUGUUUCCAAAGCACAUGAUCAUUUUGCCGAAAUAGCCGUUGGUGCAGUGCUUUCAGUUGCCGAUCUAGAAAGGAAAGAUGUCGAUUUUGAAUUGAUUAAAGUCGAUGGCAAAGUCGGAGGAUCCUUGGAGGAUUCACUUCUCGUAAAAGGCGUUAUUGUUGACAAAGAUUUCUCCCAUCCGCAGAUGCCUGACGAAGUCAGAGAUGCUAAACUCGCAAUUUUAACAUGCCCAUUCGAACCUCCCAAACCGAAAACUAAACACAAGCUUGAUAUCACCAGUGUCGAGGAAUUUAAAAAGUUACAAGAAUACGAGAAAGAUAAGUUUACCGAAAUGAUUCAACAGCUGAAAGAUACCGGCGCGAAUCUUGUCAUCUGCCAAUGGGGUUUCGAUGACGAAGCCAACCAUCUACUGCUUCAAAAUCACCUACCUGCCGUUCGAUGGGUUGGUGGCCCCGAAAUUGAAUUAAUUGCCAUUGCAACCAAUGGUAGAAUCGUUCCGCGAUUUGAAGACUUGAGCCCAGAAAAGCUAGGCACUGCUGGUUUGGUUAGGGAAAUGACUUUUGGCACCACCAGGGAGAAAAUGUUAGUGAUUGAGGAAUGUGCGAACAGUCGAGCUGUUACCGUCUUUGUCCGAGGAAGCAAUAAGAUGAUCAUCGAUGAAGCCAAACGAUCACUACAUGACGCCCUAUGUGUUGUGCGAAACCUUGUCCGAGAUAAUCGUGUUGUGUAUGGUGGAGGUGCAGCAGAAAUUGCAUGCUCACUUGCUGUUCAAGAGGCUGCUGACAAGUGUCCUGGAUUGGCCCAGUAUGCCAUGCGCGCUUUCGCAGAUGCCUUGGAUGCAGUACCCAUGGCCCUAGCCGAAAACUCGGGGUGGAGCCCGAUUGAGACCCUUGCCGCCAUCAAAUCACGACAAGUCAAGGAGAACAACUCAAGGCUAGGAGUUGAUUACAUGAAAGAACAUUUUGUUAUUGAUCCACUGAUUGGUAAACGCGCACAAUUACUUCUUGCCACUCAAUUAUGUCGACUUGUGCUAAAGUUAUCCUUCCGUCUGUUGGCUAACACUGCUCAGGUCAACAAUGUAAUUAUUGCAGGAGAAGACGAAGAAUAUUAA